UGUACAAUGAACUAUCUCGCGGGCAUUUGGCGCAAGGCAACCUGUACGGACAGCUCACUGCAGACGUCAGAGUGUUCGAAGGAUUCAACUCCUUAACAAGUUCAAGCCUGAAAAUCAGAUAAGGGAUGUUUUCUGCGUUCGGCUGAUCACCCUACCUGCACCCCCGCCCUCGCUGCUGCUGGACCAGAAGGCGUCACGCGAGCAGCAGACACAACGCGGACACGCGGAGGAGGAAAGCAAAGAAAAGGACAGCAUGUGUGCACCAUCUCCUGAGUUGAGUUACCUGUAGCCUACCUGUCCGACCCGAGCAUGCACAUUGGCCCGCCUGCCCAUUGCAGCAGUCCAGACUUGGAUCACCUUACACCCAUAAUGGCUAAUAUAUUCUUGAAUCAUUAUCUUAACCCAAUUACCGAAGUGUCUGUGUCCCACUUUCAUAGGAAACACGCGCGCGCGCGCACACACGGGCCUAUGCUCACAUACUUGUAUGCAAUUAUGCACGCUGUGGCGAAAAGAGAGGAUGCGUUCGGAUCUUCGGUUCCUUAUCCGGGGACUCCCUCUAACGCCGCGAUUGGGCCGCUGCAUCACGUGGUUAAAGUAACUUUACAGGGUCGCUCGCUAGUAGGAGGGCUUUAUGGAGCAGAAAAACGACAAAGCUAGAAAAAUUAUUUUCCACUCCAGAAAUUAAUGAUCAUGAGCUCGUAUUUGAUGGACUCUAACUACAUCGAUCCGAAAUUUCCUCCAUGCGAGGAAUAUUCGCAGAAUAGCUACAUCCCAGACCACAGCCCCGAAUAUUAUAGCCGCACGAGGGACACUGGCUACCAGCAUCAUCACCAGGAGUUGUAUCCUCCGCGAGCGACAUACCAGGAGCGCCAAUAUAACUGUGCAAGCAUCCCCGAGCCUGACACCCAGCCAGGGCAUGGGCUACCCCAUUCUGGGCACCUGCUUGCUGGGAAAGGGCAGCCAGCGCCGUGUGAGCCCCCACCAUUACCCACUUCCCCCUCCACCCCGUCGACCGCGUCCUCCGCCUGCAACCAAGCUGCACCGGAGCUUCCAAACAGCACAGUCUCCGCCAAGCAACCCGUAGUAUACCCCUGGAUGAAGAAAAUUCACGUCAGCACCGUGAACGCCAGUUACAAUGGAGCAGAGCCCAAGCGGUCUAGGACUGCUUACACUCGCCAGCAGGUCUUAGAAUUGGAGAAGGAAUUCCACUAUAACCGCUACCUAACUCGGCGAAGACGCAUCGAGAUCGCUCAUUCCUUGGUACUCUCCGAACGACAGAUCAAAAUUUGGUUUCAGAACCGCAGGAUGAAGUGGAAAAAAGACCAUAGGCUACCAAACACCAAAGUAAGAUCUUCAUCCAGCACGGGCACCUCUGCCGGGUCCAACACAACAUCAUCAGCCGGCGCUGUGGCGGCUACCGCGGCUGCAAACACCGUCGCAGCUUCCGAGGAACUCUCCCGGAUGUCUGGAGCCGAACGUGGCGAGGAUAUUACAAGGUUAUAAGACAUAACUUUCAAGAGAAGGAGAGAAAGAGACUGGUUAUUUAUAGAAUAUAAUAUAUUUUGGUUCUUCGUAGAUUUCUUGUGCGUAAAGAAAAACAAAAACAAAAAACAAACAGAAAGGUCUUCCUUUAAGUCCACAGUUAUAUAAAAUGCAUGUUAUAUAGCAUGGAUUUUCGCGAAUACCUAUGGAUUGUUUUUACGCUACACAGGGUUUAAUUUAUUUGACAUUGGAAAUAAGAGAAUGAUUUUGGGGAAAAAUGUUUCGGACGAAGGAGAAAGAAGUGGGUUUUUAUCCAAAUGUUUUGUGGGCUACUCGUUGGCCCAUUCGCCUAGGUUAAAUGCACAAUUGUUCUAUUUAUUUGGAAAACCAGACUGGAGAGACAUUCCUUUUUUCUAUGUGAAAACGGCCAGAACAUAUCUGGGAAGGCACUGACCUUGAACGUUUUUCUUGAUCUGAAAUUAUUGCUGUGAUUUAUUUGGCGUAAUUGCAAAAUUAAGAUUUUAAAUUAAGAUUUAGUUUGUGGUGAUAACGUUGUGUUUUAGGCUGAUUUAAGCAGAUCAAUGUGAAAUGCAAUAAACUAAGUUUAGUGUAUUUGUGAUAAUCAUAGUGCUCAAUAAAACAGUGAGUGUCAAUUAGUUUUA